AUGAGUUUAGGAAAAUCAGAUGCGUUAAAACAGCAGUUAAGAGAGCUGAGUUUCCUACUCGCAAAAAAUCGCUUGCAAGAACGACAAGAUACCUCCUCGAUCAAUUCUAUUAAAAGUUUUCUGUCCACGGAGGUAUCGUCUACUGAAAGCUCUCGAGCAAAUGAUGCAGUGAUUCUCAGUGAAGGUGUCGACUGCGGGAAGAGGCCCCUCUCCCAAACACUGGAGCUUUCAAUCGACUUUCAACAGAGGAAACACCACAAGCCAUCUUACAGAGAAUUGGAACUUGAAAUUCACGACUUUCCUGUAAUAGAAACUGUAGCAGGUGACUUGUAUGAAUCAGAGGGACAGCUCCAUACUCAGGCCGUAAAUUCCCUUUCCUAUCUUGAUUCCGAGGUAGAGUGGUCAGAAAAUGCAAGACCAGCUCGGUCAGAGGGCAUGGAAACAGGCCAGGUGUUAGCUGAAAACAUAAGUGAAGUUGUUGACCGUCAAGAUAAUUCCUAUAAAAACACAUCAACCUCGAUAUCCAAUCUGGAAGAUAGCAACAUAACUAAGAGUGAACAAACAGUCACAAAAUCCAAUGACACAAGCUCUACCCUACUUCAAGCAAAGCCACUAGAAAUCAAAACACUUAAAAGCAUUAUCAAGCCAUUAUUAGAUAAGGCUGAAUUUGAAAUGUCCCACGACUCAUGGGAUUCGCUAAGGAGUUUUUCCGGCUCACUAACCGACGUUGUAGGAAAAAUGUUUAAAGAUAGUUCCGCAAGCAAAACCAAGCGACUCAAUCGGAGAUUUUUUAUUUCAUUAUUUCAAGAAUGUAGAGUGCUGUCUCAGGGUUCUGACAUCAAUGACAUUUUUUGCGUGUGCUCCGAAUCCCUUUGCGCUGAAGAGCUUAGUGAGCUUGAGAUUGCGCUUUUCAAGUGA